AAAGAUUUGAUUUAUUGAUCAAGGUUCUACCAACCUUGUCCUAUAAAUAUUCAGCACACCACAACCAUUCAACACUCUACCAACCUUCAAAUCUCUCAAUCGCUCUCUUAAUCAUUCGCUAAUCACUUUUGAAGCUUUCACACCAUUAUUUCUCUCUUUCGACAUUUCCCUCUCUUAAUAUUUUAUUGGUUGAUUGUUUUUUGUCAUACAAAAACAAUUUUCUUUUUUCCAGACAAUGUUCUUGUCACACAAAGAAUGCAAUCGAGUUGAGUUGCAAUCUUUUCUUAACAACAAAACGAUCGUCGAGAAAAGUUUCUAUUUCUGGAUUUUCCAAAUAUUAACAGUUAUAGCUUCGUGACUUCAAUUAAUAUCGCUUUCUAUUUUUUAAUAACACACGUGGAUCAAGAUAUUUAGCUGUUUCUUCUGUAGCAAGUCACUUAGUCUGAGAGUCAUCUGCAAAUGGGAAGUUCAUGUUUACCUCCAGGAUUCCGGUUUCAUCCUACAGAUGAAGAACUCAUCGACUAUUACUUGAAAAGAAAAGUCGAAGGUCUCGAGAUCGAGCUUGAAGUCAUUCCUGUAAUCGAAUUAUAUAAAUUCGAUCCUUGGGAGUUACCAGACAAGUCUUUUCUUCCAAACCGGGACAUGGAGUGGUUCUUCUUCUGUUCAAGGGACAAAAAAUAUCCUAAUGGUUUACGUACAAACCGAGGAACAAAGGCCGGUUAUUGGAAGGCAACCGGAAAAGACCGGAAAAUUACUUGUCGUUCAUCUUCUACAAUUGGCUACAGAAAAACCCUAGUUUUCUAUAAAGGUCGUGCUCCAUUAGGCGAUAGAACUAGUUGGCUCAUGCAUGAAUAUCGACUAUGCGAUGAUGAGAAUUCAUCACAAGGAUCACAAAGUUUCAAGGGAGCUUAUGUGUUGUGUCGUGUGGCUAAGAAGAAUGAGAUCAAGACUAAUUCAAGAAUGAAAAAUCUAAGUGAGCAAACACUUGGAUCAGGAGAAAGUUCGGGUUAUUCGAGUCGAGUGACUUCACCUAGUCGCGAUGAAGCGAUGCCGUUUCACUCAUUUGUCAAUCCGGUUUCUACCGAAACCGACUCAUCAAACAUUUGGAUUUCACCUGAUUUCAUUCUCGAUUCCUCAAAAGACUAUCCUCAAAUCCAAGAUGUUGCAUCUGAGUACUUUCAAGAGUUUGAUUUUCCGGUCAUCGGUGAUCAAUACGUGGAUUAUCCAGCGAGUACCUUGUAUACGAACGUAGAUCAGAACAUGGACGAAUCUAUGCAAACCGGUUAUUGUGGAUACGAUCAAACCGGUUUAUUCGGUUACUCAGACUUCUCCUAGAGGGAGUAUCGUUGAGGGGUCUCUCUUUAAGACAAAAACGCCUUUUAUUGUUCGAGUCUGGUCUAUGGAUGGUUUAGUUAUGAGAGUUAUUUUGGUUUUCUUCUAUCGUUUUAUUACUCUUUUAUUAGUAUGGAUAUAUAGUAUAUAUUUAUCGUGACGUACUUAAAGCUUUUUUUUAAUGGAUUCUUUGAACUUUUAUAAUUUCAAUAGGACUAUGUAUUUUCAAUUCGAAUUAGUUAUUUGCAACAAUCGCUCAUUUCUACUCUAAUGAUUAAUUGGAC